AUGCUAUUCUCCCGUGCCGUUUUCUGCUUGUUCGCUGCGACCGCGGCUGCCGCGAGAGACAUUGUGAUCACCGUCGGACACAACACCACCGGAAACGGCAGUACCGUCUUUCAGCCGCAACGCGUCACCGCUGAGCUUGGAGACACUGUCAUUUUCAACUUCACGUUGGGCAACCAUACCGCAACGCAGUCCACGUUCUCCUCGCCCUGCACUCCCGCGCACGACACAAACAUUACUAUAAAUGGCUUCGACUCGAGCUUCCGCGACGCAGGCAACGGCACCGCGAUCACCAUCCUCACUGUCCCCAUGCUCCCGCAGAAUGUGAACCAGACCAUGUGGUUCUAUGACUUCAACACGUGUGGGCAGGGCGGCGUCGGUGUGAUUAACAAUAACGAGAGCUCGAGCGAAACGUUGGCAGGUUUUGUUCUUCGUUUACCAUUCCGCAACGCGAUACGCCUAAACGGCACGUCCUCUUCGUCCUCGUCCUCGUCGUCGUCAGCUGCCGGCUCCGGCUCCAACACCGCAAGCGCAUCUCAAUCUGCACCGUCAACGUCGCAAUCGACCAGCGGCACAUCGUCUUCACCCGCUGCGGACCUAGCUCGGGCGAUGAAGCUCGGGGUACUGGUUGCGGUGCCAUUGUUUCUUGCCGGCGUACUCCUAUGA